GUAAACGGCUGACCUUGACGGGGCUUGCACGUGUGUGUGUUUUCAAAAACACCGUGCUGAACUCGUUUCUGCUGAAUUAACUUUGUGUGUAUAGUGUGGCUACUGGCUAGUGUGUUGAUUUUUAAUGCUUUUUGUUUGCGUUUAACUAUAAGUAAGGUAACAUACUUGCUGCCCAGCUCAAGGCACUUGAUUGACUUAUUUCUGGCUGGCUCAGGCCUCAGAGUCAGGACUAUUGUUGAGCUUCUGGUGAUAGGUAUUGUCCCAGUUUGUUGCUGCCAUGGAGGGAUCAAUGGAAGUGGAUGAGAGCAGGCAGAUUUUGGCCCAGUUCUGCUCUGAAACCGGCGAGGUGGCAGGGGCUCCAUUUAACCUACCAGCCACAAUCACCAAGGACAAACUGCAACUGGUCUGCAACGCUCUCCUGGAAAAGGAGGAGGAGCCGGUGCCCUACUCGUUCUUUGUUGGCGACAUUGAAGUAACCUCCAGUCUACAGGAGACACUAGAGCGACUGACAGUUGACUCAGAGAAGGUGCUCAACAUCGUGUACCAGCCACAGGCAGUCUUCAGAGUAAAGGCAGUCACACGCUGCACAAGCUCGAUUCCGGGCCACGCCGAGGCGGUGAUUGCGGCGCGGUUCUCGCCGGACGGACGGCAGCUGGCCAGUGGCUCCGGAGACAAGACGGUUCGGUUCUGGGACGUCUCCACAGAGACGCCCCAGCACACCUGUGCAGGUCACCGGCACUGGGUGCUGUGUAUCGCCUGGUCGCCCGACGGCCGGCUGCUGGCCUCCGGCUGUAAGAUUGGCGAGGUGCGCCUGUGGGAUCCCGUCAGCGGGCAGCAGCAGGGGAAGCCUCUCACCGGACACAAGCAGUGGAUCACGGCCGUCUGCUGGCAGCCGCUACACAGCACGGAGUCGGGGCAGUGUCGGCUGCUGGCCUCGAGCUCAAAGGACGGCGACGUGCGGGUUUGGGACGCCCGCCUGCACAGCUGUCUGCGCGUGCUCACCAGUCACACACAGUCGGUGACCGCGCUGCGCUGGGGCGGCGGCGGACUACUCUUCAGCGGCUCGCAGGACCGCUCCGUCAAAGUGUGGCGCGCAGAGGACGGUGUGAUGGUGCGGGCGCUCCAGGGUCACGGUCACUGGGUGAACACGUUAGCCCUCAGUACAGACUAUGUGAUGCGAGUGGGCGCCUACGACCCGGCGCGUGGCGACGUCGGACAUCUGGCGGACGACGUAUCAGACGAGCAGAAGCUGACGGCCGCUCGCACCCGGUACUCUACCGUACUGGAGUCAGGCGGAGGAGAGGAGCGGCUCGUGUCGGGCAGUGACGACUUCACCAUGUUCCUCUGGAGCCCGGCCAAGAGCAACAAGCCGCUCGCGCGGAUGACCGGCCACCAGGCGCUGAUCAACGACGUGCGCUUCUCACCGGACUCGCGACUGAUUGCCUCCGCCUCGUUCGACAAGUCUAUUCGCAUCUGGGACGGCAGGACCGGAAAGUUCGUAGCAGCUCUCCGAGGCCACGUGCAGGCCGUCUACAUGACCGCCUGGUCGGCCGACUCACGACUAUUGGUCAGCGGAAGCGCCGACUCUACGCUCAAAGUGUGGUCGAUGAAGACUCGUAAGCUCCAGCUGGAUCUGCCCGGCCACGCGGACGAAGUGUUUGCUGUAGACUGGUCACCAGAUGGCGAACGGGUGGUCAGCGGAGGAAAGGACAAGCUGCUCAGGAUAUGGCGCCGGUAGCCAAACGGACAGCGGCGGCGGCGGCGGCGGGGCUAUUUUCGCCCCACCACCGCCACUGACAGACGGCGAGAGAGGGCCGACCGGGGGCCAGGAGCGGCGCCGGUGGUGGCGGGGCGCUGGCCAGCGGCCCGUCCCUGGCCCGUGACGGCGGCUCGGUGGCAGCCGGCCAGCCCGGCGGCUGGGACGGUACAUCCAGCCGGCGGCUGAGACAGUACGACUAGCCUAGCCCAGCGACUGAGUUGACCCUUAGUCGUCAGGUGUGCUGGCGGGGCGCGGCGACCCGACCCGGCCGGCCGGCACCACCACCGCUCGGUAAACGCCGCCUCCCGCUUGAGGUCAACAAUACACUGCCACCGAUCCCCACACCCCGGGCAGGUCGGCCCUGAGCUGACAGACGGUUACUGUUACUGUGAAAUAGGUGAAUUGUGACCAGUGCGAAAAGGGACUCGACGAGUUGUUAUUUUUUAGGGAUUUUUAUGGUCUGCAAUAUAAUGUGGAACGUA